AUGACAGCUGGCUCUGUCUCAGUUCCUCAGGUCAUACCUCUUCGAAUCCCUCUUCCAGGGAAGGCUAAACACCAAAUAGACACAAAUACUCUUGUAGAAAUAAAAUCAGAUGGAAGUAAACCAGAACUCAUUAGGAAGCCUGGCUAUGGAGACCAUAACACUUUUAAGUAUAAGGGUCCUAUCAUAUUACCAGUUGGGAAAAUAGUGGUCAAGGCACUGGCAGUUACAAAGGACUGCAGGGAGAGUACAGUUGUAACAAAGGUGUUUCUGGUAGAGUACAAGCAGCCAAACAUCCUCUUCUCUGUUGAAGAAGAUUACAAGAAUUGCACCAAAGAUAUCACCACACAGGAGAGGGAAGGUGGAAUGUUUACUGCAAAACCAAAGACAAAUGGAGUGAACAUGGAAAUUAAGCAUGCCUGGAGUGAAGCACCCCAAGAUUUUCAAGACUUAGAAACAGAAAGAAAGACUGCCCACAGGUCCCUGCAUGGACCACAGCUCCUUGCCUGUCAUUUGGAAGCAAAAGAGUACAGAGAGGAAUCCAUCUCAGCACUACCAGCAGAGUCGUUACAGUUUGCUAGUUCUUCUGCAGUGACUACACGGAAGAGCUUGGCAAGCACACAGGUGGCAAGGAUCCAGAGGGAAACAGAUUUUCUCAGAUGUGCACACUGUUCUGCACCUCGCCUGUCUGACCCCCUGGCUCACUUCUGUCAGGAAUGUGGAUCUCCUGUCCCACCUGUGCCAGUGCAUCGCUUCCCACCUCCCGAAGGAGCACAGAUGGCCCCAUGUCUGGAGUGCAGGCAUCUUGUGCCAAUGAACACCCCCACUUGCAUUGUAUGUGAGUCGCCAAUAGCUCCACAGCUGCAGCCCCAAACCAACCUCUGCAUAAAGGGUAAAGUAAUUUGUCAGGUGUGUGGCACAGGAAAUCCUCUUCACCAUAACCACUGUGUGACUUGUGAAAGCAAGCUGCCUGAAAUGCAAACGCCCGUGUUUGGAGGAGACACCCUCCUGCCUCAUCCCAGCCAGCAAAAGAAGACAGUUUUGUGCUCAAAAUGCAACCAUGUUAACCCAUGUGAUGCCCGUUUCUGUGACCGGUGUGGAGCCAAGCCUGGGCCUCCCCCAUCCUACUUCACCUGCUUCAGGUGUGGCACAAGCAACCGUCCCUACGCCCGCUUCUGUGGGGCCUGCGGCGUCUACAUAGAACCCCCCUCGAGGAGGGGUUCUCAGAACAGCAUCCUCAUGGAUCCUGGGGACUCGCUGGCAUUUGCUGAGGUAAGACCCACAGAGGCUAAAGUUGCCUGGCAGCCUCUUCCCACUUCCUUGCCCAAAUCAUGGGAAGAACUAAAAGAGAGAGAAGAUAAAGGAACCCAAACCAUUGGACUUUUUUACCCAUCCAGCAAACUGUUGGAAAAGAAGGAGCUUGAGCUGAUUUCACAAAAAGAAAAGCUGGAAAAGAUGAGUGAUCAUAAGCCUCUCCUGACAGCCACUAGUCCUGGGAAAGGUUACUGGAGGAAGCAGCUCGAUCAUGUCUGUGCUCACCUUAGAAGCUACGCUCAGAACAACCUUGAAUUCAGAGCACUGAUUGGAGAACCUCGGAUGGGAAAGAUUAAUUCUGCUACUAUCCAUGAAGAUGACUAUGAAGUCACUAUUACAUUGAACUAUGCUCUUGCUAUUAACAAGGAUAUUCAUGCUAAUAAGUCAGCGAAGUUCAGAAGUCAUUACCUGAAUUCUGUAAGAGAAGUCAGAGGUGGAAAGGACAGUAGUCAAACUAGUUUUGGCAAAGAUGAUUAUAAUCUUUUCCAUUCAAGAGGCAAAAUAAAGAGAACAAAUUCAAGAACACUUACAGGAAAAGAAGAUGGUCAAUGGCUCAAUCCAGAGUCCAGACAACUACUGGAUGAAUUGGGUCCAAAUGGGAAAGGAAGAAGCACCUUGGUAGAACAAUUGCUCAGUGAAGGAGCUGACCCCAACUGCACCAGCGAGGAGGACCAACCUGCUCUCACAGUUGCUGUCCUUAACAAGCGCACAGAAGCGAUUUCCCUCCUUGUGCAGAAAGGUGCUGACAUUGAUCAGCAGUCAGGACCGCACAACAACACUGCUCUCCAUGAGGCAGUUCUGCUUGGCUCAGAGGGAGAGGAGUGCAUCCGAGUCCUGUUACACUGCAAUGCAAGCAUAAAAAAGAAGAAUGCAGAAGGGCAAUCGGCAUAUGACUUGGCUGUUACAGCUGGAAAUAAUGAAGUUAUUUCAUUGUUCACAAGCAGGCUUUGA